UAGCAGCACAGAAGCAGCAGGUGCUCACGAGCGCAGACGUCCAGAGACCCACUGACCGAGCGAACAAACACUGCUGCUGCUCACACACACUCAUCUUCAUCAUCUUCAUCAUCAUCUGAGGAAUGGCUCUGGACUUCGUUGCAGGAUGCAUGGGAGGAGCCGCAGGUGUGCUGGUCGGACAUCCGUUUGAUACGGUCAAGGUGAGACUGCAGGUGCAGAGCGUGGACAAGCCCUUGUACCGCGGCACGUACCACUGCUUCCAGUCCAUCGUCCGGCAGGAGUCGAUGCUGGGCCUCUAUAAGGGCAUCGGCUCGCCCAUGAUGGGCCUGACCUUCAUCAACGCCAUCGUGUUCGGCGUGCAGGGGAACGCCAUGCGCAUGCUGGCCGCGGACACGCCUCUGCACCAGUUCCUCGCGGGCGCCGCGGCCGGACUCAUCCAGUGCGUGAUCUGCUGCCCGAUGGAGCUGGCCAAGACCCGCAUGCAGAUGCAGGGAACGGGCGAGAAGUGUGCCUCCAGGAAGAUGUACAGGAACUCUCUGGACUGUCUGAUCCGCAUCCACCGGAAGGAGGGAGUCCGAGGGAUAAACCGAGGAAUGGUGACCACCGUCAUCCGCGAGACGCCCGGCUUCGGCGUGUACUUCCUCACCUACGAUACACUGACUCGCGCGCUGGGCUGCGACGCUGAUGACGGAUACAUCAUUCCCAAGCUGCUCCUGGCGGGCGGCAUGUCGGGAAUGGCAUCCUGGAUCUCCACUUAUCCUGUAGACGUCAUCAAGUCCCGCCUCCAGGCAGACGGAGUGGGCGGAGCCAACAGGUACGACGGUAUCGUGGACUGCGUCCGUCAGAGCUGGCGGCGGGAAGGAUGGAGGACCUUCACUCGAGGCCUGACCUCGACCCUCUUGAGAGCGUUUCCCGUCAACGCCACAACAUUCGCCACCGUCACGCUCUUCCUCAUGUACAUGCGCGAGGACGCUGAUGGUGUGAAGGACUGCGAGGCCAUGCAACCGAACCUGCAGCACAGCAGCCUGUGACUCAAAGAUCUCAAGAAAGACUCAAAUCUUCUUGAGAUUGAAACUGCCCCCAGAAACCUCCUCCUGACCCCAGACUCUGUCUAAUAAAGAGAGAAAAGGUCAGUGAACACACAGGCUGAACAAUGAUCUGAACCACUGUAUGUUUAAUGGACCGCACCGCUGAAUUACUGGAUGAAUGAGUCUCCACUGGGUUCGAGGAUUCCCAGAUCAGCAUCUGCAGAAACAUCUGACGCUGAUGAAGGACCAGAGCGACGUACCGCAGGGGAUAUGGACGUCAACGAUGGGACAUUUUAACACUUAACGUGGCUUAAAGACUAACUCAGUAAACACAUUAAUAAAGCAUGCUAUGUACAGACAAGCAGAUGAGCCCAGAAUACAAACGCAGUGCGUUUAAUCAGGUGUUUUCCUCCCAUUUAACCAUUAUAAGCUUAACGGGGCUUAAUGCAUUGAAAGACAAAACUGUAAACACAUUAUUAUUAAAGCAUACUAUAUACAGACAAGCAGAGCCCAUAAUAAAACGCUGUUUUAAUGCAUCCACGUUGAUGUUUUUAACACGUUAUUAAACACACUGCGUUCGUAUCCUGGACUCAUCUGCUUGUCUGUACAUAGUAUGAUUUAUGAAUAACUUGUUUAGAGAGUUUGGUCUUAUAAAAGCACUGUCUUAACUCAAUAAGCCACGUUAAGUGUUUUAGAAUGAUCACGUAUAAGAGAACUGUUCCCACACUGUCAGAAAUAAUGUGCAAAAUCGUACCUAUAACGAUGCAACAGCGUGUGACUGGGACAGAACUGUUCAGGGGACAAAUCUGUGCCUUAUUUACACCUAAAAGGUGAAUAUUAUUGCGGUCAUAAAGCUUUAAGUUCAUGGCUUCGGUUCUCAGGAAAAGCCAGAGCUGAUGAAAUGUAAACGUGUACUUUGAAUGCAAUGCAAGUCGCUUUAGAUAAAAGUGUCUGCCAAAUGCAUAAAUGUAAAUAUUAGUACCUUUAAAUAGCAAUAUGUGUUCUUAAAGUACUACCAUGCACUUUUAAGAGGUAAAAAAAAAAGACACUGUUACAGUGAUAAGCUGUUGCAAUCCUAUAAGUACAAUUUUUGCACAUUUCUUCUGAAAGUGCAUGUUAAUCUUGUGCGUUUUCUAAACACAGGUACAAAGUUUGAGACUUCCCAUUUAAACACAAGAGUAAACCUUAAAAGCAAAGAUAGCAUAAAAAGUUGACCAUGAUUUUAAUCCUGAUCAGUGAAACAUGAAUGCAGGGACUCUCAGACCGCAGGAGCUGCAGAUGAAACAGUCACAUGUUCCCAUGUUUACAUACACAGAGUCAUUUUGUGAUUGUUAUUUAAUCUUUACAUGCACCUUAAACAUGUGACUAGCUGACAUGCCUGUAAUUGACAUAUUCCUGUUUAUACGAUAUAUUUGCAUCAUUUGUUGUUCUCCGGUAUUUUUAUGAAUGUAAAUACUAUGAGUGAUUUCAGAGGCAGAUUAUUGAUGACUGAUCAUCACUGUUUUUGAUUCAUGAAGCUCAAGGGAACAGCGUUACACAAAGACCAACAGUCACACACCUACUUCCCUUCAACAUUCAAUAAAUAUGGAAACACAUUCAGUAA